AUGGAGGUGGGACCAUGGGCGAUUGCAGCCCUCUCUUUUGUUUGGAUGACUCGGCUGUUCACGAAUCGUGCGCACAUAGAUUUGCGAGCCGAUGUCGAUCCCUACGGCAUGAAGUUGACAGGAGCCAUUCACAUCGAAGCCAUUGCUGACGAUGCUCUGCCUGGUCGAUUCGUGCUUACCCGACCUCCGUACCAUCCCAAUGGUGCUGUGCUUGAGAUGAUCCUCUUAGGUGAAGUCGACUAUGUUGUGCAGUUGGCUGAGCAGGCGGACAUACCCCUCGGGAUUGUGGGUUAUGCCAACCUGGCCGAUGCUCAAGCACCGGCGCUGGUCGCUUCCAUGAUGGAGGGAAACCGCGGCAAGUAUAUGCGCGGUAUCCGCAUGAUCCUCAAUCACAAUCCAAGCUGGCCCAAAGUGGAGCAUGACGAGCACUUGACUAGCACCGAGUUUGCCCGGGGCUACGCCGAACUUGCCAAGCACAAACUCAGCUUUGAUCUGCAAGCCAAUCCGCAUCAGUUGGAGCGUGCUGCUGCCCUAGCCGCCAAGCAUCCUGAAGUGCCCAUGAUCGUUGACCACCUGGGCACACUCAAGCUCAACGUUGAAGGCUCAGCGCAGCGAACUGAGGCCCUGGCCAAUUGGCGCGCGGGCAUGCACCUGCUAGCUGCUGCGGGCCCACAUGUCUAUGUCAAGCUGAGCAUGCUGGCGUAUACCGAGUCCAACUGGCACGAGGGAUCUGAUGCUACGGUGGAUGACCUCGUGCAUGAAGUCAUUGCACUUUUUGGCACAGACCGCUGCAUGCUGGCCUCUAAUUACCCCGUGGAUAAAGCUGAAUUCAAUGUUCAACCAGCGCAACUCUGGGCUCGUGUUGCUUCUCAGUCUCGGGCUUGUUUGGCGCCUGGCCUAGGUCGAGCUAGGUCAAGGAGGCUCAUGGGCAAGUCUGUCAUUCAGCAGCUCAGGCAGCCCCUCAUUGGCAGCAACGAGCAGUGCUCCACAACCCUAGGAUCCCAACGCGCAUCUGAUUUCUCCUCUCCCCGUGAGCUCUCCCUCGCGAUGGAGGAUGAGGACUUUACCGAUGCUUUGGUCGAAGUUGAACUAGAAAAUGGCGUCUCCUUCGACAAGAGCCUUUCCCACCAAAACCGGGCCGAAAAGCCGGCCGGUGGCGAACCUCUCUUUCGGUGGUGGGUCCAUCGAGUAGUCGACAAUAUCUACACGCGGCUCUUUGGAUUGCUGUUGGUGUUGAUCGACGUCAUCUUGGUUUUCGUUCGCCUUUCCAACGCGCACUGGAAAUUCAACAGUCACCACAAGGAUCCCAUCGCCUAUGAUGUGGUGUCUACCAUCAUUGUGGUCUACUUUAUGAUCGAGCUCUGUGCGCGCAUCUAUGCUAUUGGGCCACGUCAUUUUGUGCGGUUGCCGUGGGAGAUGUUUGAUGCUCUCAUCGUGCUCGUGACCUUUAUCUUCGAGUUUGCCUUUGAAGCUGGCCGAGUGAUCAUCUUGGCACGACUCGUGCGCAUCUUCCUGAUCUUGCGUCUUCUUUCGGAGCAAAAUAAACUCAAGCGUGCUGCUCGUUUGCUGGUCUCGCAAAACAAGCGUCGCUAUCGUCAGGAUGGCUUUGACCUUGAUCUGACCUUUGUCACGGAUCGAGUCAUUGCCAUGUCAUUUCCAAGCUCGGGACGCACAGCCAUUUACCGCAACCCCAUCGCCGAGGUGGCGCGCUUUUUCAACACAAAGUUUCCGAAUGCUUACCUGAUUGUCAAUUGCUGUUCGGAGCGAGAUUACGACCACGCCUUUUUCAACAACUCGGUCAAGAAUUGCCGCAUCGACGAUCACAAUGUUCCACCGCUCAACGAGAUAUUCUCCAUUUGUCGUGAGUUUCAAGACUUUCUGAGCAAGGACGAAAAGCGUGUUCUGGCCAUUCACUGCAAAGGUGGCAAAGGUCGGACAGGCACAAUCAUCUGCUCUUGGUUGCUCUACAGCGGCAUGUUUACGCAGGCUCAGGAGGCACUGGACUUUUUUGCCGAGCGACGCACCGACAAGGGUGUAGGCAACAUGUUCCAAGGCGUCCAGACUCCCAGCCAGUAUCGCUUUGUGGGUUAUGUGGAGGACAUUAUCCAAAAAUACAAUCGUAUUCCUCCACCCACAAAGACCCUGCACAUCUCGACCAUUCGAGUUUGCUCCCUGCGACCCACUUAUACCAGGUGUCCUUUUGCGUCAGUGGAUCCCUCGGGUACCAAUGGUAUCCGAAGCCUGCGCGUUAAAAUGCUCAACCCAGAUACUACUGUGCUGGAAACAAGCGACGCGAAGCAAGUCACCGUGGAGCGUAGUGGCGUGUCAAUCCCCGCCAUUGAGUUUUCCUGCUCUGGCACGGCGGUUCGACAGGAUGUUAAAACCAUGUUCUACUCAGAGGAUUUGCCUGCAUACUAUGACAAGUGCCCCUUUUACUUUUGGUUCAAUACGGGCUUUGUUCCCGAAGACCGAUUUGUUCAAAUCACGACCCCUCCCCCCCCCAACACCAACACCGACAUCAUGCCCUUCAAGGUCCCUGAAGCGCCCAAGUGCCCCUCGUGCGGCAAGAGCGUGUACUUUGCUGAAAAGCACACGGCACUUGGCAAGGACUGGCACAAGAUGUGCCUGAAAUGCGAAAAGUGCAAGAAGAUUCUGGCCAACGGCUCCUUUUUGGAGCACGGUGGUAAGCCCUACUGCCAAAAGCCAUGCUACGAGGCCCUUUUCGGCGCCGGUGGCUAUGGCCAUGGUGGAACCGAGUCUCACAAGGACUUUGGCAAGGCCAGCUCCACCAUGUCGUCCAACUAAGUCAAGCCCGCCAUCUCGCAUCGCUUGAAUGCGAGCAGGCACCAAUACCGAGUCAAGGAUAUCUUCCGCGGCUCUUUGCGUGUCCCUAUGAGCGUAUCUCUCAUGUAUCUGUUCGUGGCGUGCAUUCACUCUUGUCCCUUCGGGAUGGCUCUGAGUGUUCGGGAUGUCAACGCACGCACACACACGUUCAAGAUGCUCAACUCGUUUGUUCUUCCUUUCUUUUCAUCUUUGCAAGCCAAUUCCGGCUAUCGUAUUUUCUGUGCACGGACUGCUGGCUAGUUGUAUCGAGCCCACAAUUGUACCCAAGC